ACGAGUCAGGUAAGUAUCUUGGCUUUACAUAUGAGUCUAGAUUCAAUUUUGUCUUGAAUCCUUUGAAGUUGUACAACACCCUUAAGUUGUUGGGUGCUAAACGAUUUAAUCGUACUUAUUUAAAGUACUUUCUAAAGUGAAACAAGUGAAAAAGUAAAUUGGAAUAAAUGUGUUUUGGGUUUUAUGACAGUUAAGUAAAUUAGGUUAAAUUGUAGGGAAAUAAUGUACGUUUAAAAUCCGCAAAAACAACAAUUUAAAAGUGUUGGUUUUGUAUUCGGGAGACUAAUACUGAACCAUAAUAAUUUGCUUGCUUCUUAGUAUUUCCUAUAACAUGGAUAUAAAUAAAACAAGUGUUUCUUAUCCCCUACUGAAUGCGAAUAACCAACAAAUACGCACUAUACGUAAGCUAUUUACUCCCACGACACCGCAGAAAAAAAAUAAUCUGAUCACCUUGUAGAAUAGCCAUUUAAAAUGACCUUGGAAACGGCGAUAGACAAAGAAUCAUCCGACCAGGAAAAUUAACUUAAAAAGUUCUUUUAAUUUAGUAUCGAUAAAAUUGUCAAAAGCAUAUUGCAAUUCACUUUUAAGUAGUUGGAUGCGUGAUUACGUUUACAACGAUUUUAAUUGUACAAUGAGGUGAUUCUUAUUCUGAAUUCGUCACGAUUAACGAAAUUUGAAUUUGUUGUAUAUACAGCUUCAUGGCAAAGUAGUAAGGUGCAGUUACAUACACUUGUGGCUUUUUGUAUUAAACAUAAAAUGGAAUAUAAAGAAAAAAAACGGUUCGGCAUUUUUCGUAUGACUUCUAUUUUUACUAAAAUCUAGUGAGUUUGAUGUUGAAAAACGAGAAAAAAAAAUUGCGCAAAAUAUAGAUAUAUAUAAAUAUUUUAAAAUCAAGGGUCGGCGCGAAGCUAGAAAACGAAUCCUUUGCGCAAGACCAGGCCGCAUGACGUCAGUAGCCAGACACAACCGACGCCGCGUUGUGCCGUGUGCCGUGUGUAUUUUAUUUAUUUUUCUACUCCCGUCUGUAAAAUACUUAAUUACACACCUAGCGUGCGGUAAGCGCCACUUUAACACGCCAGUUUCGUUUCGCACGGAUCCGAGCUACUUCGGACAUUUGCGAGAAUUUACCGCACGGGUUUGGAGCAAUCGGAUGUUUUCGGAGAUAUUUCCCACGCCUUGAAUUUUGACGUUUGUCAGUUCUGACGGUCAUGUCAGUGAAUAUAUUCGUGUUGUUUUGCGAAAAUUUACCCAAAAACUAACGGUCGUAGAAAAAUUAUAGUAUGCAACACGUUCGGUAAACUUUUUAAGUCACUCGUUUAUUAAAUACUCGCUCCGCUCGUGUCAAAUAAACUCGUGAGUCAAAUGCCGUUUACCGCACUUGUUGCAUAAUAUACUAUUGUGGCAACAUAAUAACGCAAAUUUAAACGAACCUCAGAGCGUGACGUUCUUUAACGGUAAGAAGUGUGGUAAGUAUAUAAUAUUAUAUCUAGCACUAAUGGGUAAAAUUUAUUUUUUCUUUAUUUUAGUUCAUUGGAAGUUUAUGAUAUUAAAACAUGGUACACACGCCGGGUCGUAACAAUUAUGAAAGCUAUUAUUUUUUUUUCUGCAUUGAAUAUUCUGUUUUGCAUGCAGUAACGGCAAAGAAAAAAAACGGCUCUGGUAUACUUAAAAGUGCGUUUUAUUUGCUUCUACAAUUUACAAAAUAUGUUUUUUUCCCGAAUCAAAGUUCCCUCUGGUAUUGGCUAAGCGAUCACAUUCCGAAAAUGUCAAAAAUAAGCGAAUUUCUCCUUCAUGAGAACGUACUUUCAAUGUUUCAAAGAAAAUGAAUAUACAUGGUAUUAUUUCAAAUAUAGGCUAACAGAAAUGUACGAAGCAUCGUACUUACUUCAUAUUAGGAACCUAGUCAAUUUAUUAGUAAAAUUAUUGGACACGUACACAAUAAAAAAUUUGAUUUUUGGCCCCUUGUUUUGUAUAACUUUCUUGGACUUCUAAAAAUCGAAAUUACUUUGUAACGAAAAUUGGCUCGGAUCGUGAUGUGAACUAUGUGAUGUUUUAAAUGAGAGAAGUUCUAGGAGAACGACCAGUCAAGUAGAUAUAAUCUCAUAAUCUUUUUUUUUUUGGAGACGACUUGAAAAUCAUAAAUUUGAAUUCAGGGAGACUUUUCGUUUGAGGGCCCCGCAACCGGCACUGGCGGCAAAUAUCUUUCUGCCUUUUGACGUUGAGCACUCGCUGUUUUGUAGAGAUUAAAUGUCUGUUAUAUUCUAGAUAGUAUUCCAUAUCAUUUUGAGUUCUGAUUUCACAUCGAACUCCGUCAAACCACUUUUUACGUUGUAGAGGAGCUUGUGGAACAUUUACAGAAUUUUUUUUUUUAUGUACUGGACGAGUUUGUAUAUUUUGGAACAAAACACCAUUUCCUGUUUGCCAUUUUUAAUUCCGAUAAAGUUCACAGAAUUUAACAGUAAAUCCGCACCCGCUUAAACUAGAUACUCUAAACCCAACACCGAUGACUGCAACAUUAUUGUGGAUAUCGUAAAGCCAGCCGGCCAACCAGUCUCCUGUGUCUGGCUACUGACGUCACUCGGCCAAGCCUCGUGCAAAGAACAAAUGUUUGAUCUACUACGAGAAUGUGCGAAAAAAUAUUGGCCCAUAUAUCGUUUCACCUCCCCAUAUAUUGUUACGGUAGGCAUUUUGCAUCCGAAAGACUUUGAGAUAGUUUUAUCUCAAAUGAAACACUUAACCAAAAGCAACCUCUAUGAUUUUCUCAAGAAUUGGCUCGGAGAAGGACUGAUUACAAGCACGAACAACAAAUGGCAAAAGCGGCGCAAAGUUUUGACGCCUGCUUUCCAUUUUACUAUUUUGAAACAUUUUCUCACUGUAUUCAACGAUGAGACCGAAAUAUUGAUAAAGAAAAUUGAAUCGACAUGCACAAACACUGCGGUAGCUCUGGAAUCGUUGGUUUCACCCACGACCCUUCAGAUCAUUAGCGAGACGGCAAUGGGCAUGAGAAAUAUUGAUGAUACUACUAAAACAAGAUACCGCAGAGGGAUCCGAAAACUCGCAGAAAUUAUAUUCAGAAGAAUCUGGAAGCCGUGGUUGCGACUCGCUUUCGUGUUUAAACUUUCAGAAGAGGGUCGAGAUGAAAAAUCUGUGGUUCAGUUUUUGCACAAUCUAACGCACAAAAUAAUAAUGGACCGAGAAACACAAUUAAUAAGUGGAAAGAUAUUGACCGAACACUCCUAUUCCGGACGCAAAAUCUUAAGAAUGUUGGAUAUUCUCUUGAUGUCUAAAAUCUGCGCUAACAACAUGGAUUACGAGGAUAUUAGAGAAGAAGUAGACACCUUUAUGUUUGCGGGAUAUGAUACGACCACGUCAGCCAUUUGUUUUUUGCUAUUGUCACUUGCGAAUCACAAGGGCAUUCAGAACGAAGUAAGAAAAGAAAUUGAAGAAAUCCUAGGGCCGAACAGAGUGCCUACUUAUAACGACCUGCAGCAGUUGCAGUACACUGAAAGGGUCAUCAAAGAAAACCUGAGACUAUACCCUAGCGUUCCAUUUAUUUCCAGAAUAGCUAGCGAAGAUUUCGUAACUUACACUGGAUAUCAGAUUCCCAAAGGAACUGUACUUCAUCUGCACAUUUUCGACUUGCAUCGAGAUCCACGAAUUUAUCCGGAUCCGUUGAAAUUUAAUCCGGACCGUUUUUUGCCGGAAAACGUCAAACAGAGGCACCCAUUUGCCUACCUACCUUUCAGCGGAGGCCCCAGGAAUUGCAUAGGCCAGAGGUUCGCCAUGUUAGAGAUAAAAGCGGUCAUUUGCGGAAUUAUAAGGAAAUUCGAUUUGGAAGAAGUGGAUAAAGACACUGACCUGAAAUUUAUACCCCAUUUCAUGUUAAAACCGAGGUCUAAUAUGAGGGUUAAAUUUGUGCCUAGAAAUAGUUUGUAAUUUAUAUUGAAAUAAAUUGU